CUUGGAUCGCGCCCGCCUCUCAUUACUCUCGCUCAUCAACCGCCGUGCGAAUUGAUCGUUAGGGGAUUCGAAGGCUUUUUUUCGUUUUUGUUCUCUUCUUGGUCUCGUGUCUCGAUCGGGGAUGGCCGCCGCGACGGUGAUGAGGAGCGCCAGAGGAGGAGGAGCGCGGCGGCCGUUCGCGCCGGUGGUGGUGUCGCCGCCGCCGCCGUCGCGGGCGGGGAAUCAACUGGCGCCAGAGGAGGCGGUUCUUGGCGGCGCCGGCGCCGGCGGCAAGGCGGCCAAGAAGUGCGGCUCUGGCUCACCCCCUGUUUCUUUCACGUCCAAGAAGACGCCGGCGGCGGCGGCGGGGAGGGUGUCGAGCAUGAGGAGGGUGGGUUCUUGCGCCAAGAGGUGCUCGACUCCGGGGGCGGCGGCGUACGUCGCGCCGCGCGCGCCGGUGCGGGGAGUCUCCGAGGCGGUGGGCAACAAGGUGAGGGCCAUGAUCUCGUCGCCCACCUGCAGCGAGGCCCGCCAAGAACGGCGGGGCAGUGAGGCCUCCGCCUCGAGGAAGCGGGCAACGAGGAGUGCGACGAUGGAGGAGGCCAUUGCGGGCCUCCCGGAGCCCGGCGAGGGCCGCGUCAAGUACCUGGUGGACACGUUCGAGCGGCUCCUCUUCCUGGCCGGCGGCGACGGGCCCGAGGCGCGGGGCAGGGGCGCGAGGAGGAAGAACGAGGCGACCGUGACGGCGGCGUCGGCGCCAGCAACGCCGCCGGGCGCCGACGUGUCGUACCCUUCCAUCGCCUCCUCGUCCGAGGUCUCCUUCCCCGGUAUCGCCGGCGUCGCCUGCAUCCUCGACGCCUCCGAUCGCACCAGCAGGAUAACCCGCGCACGAGGCCAACGCCGGCAGAGGACAUACAAUAGCACCGGCUCGUCAGAGAGGGGUUGGAGCAGGAAGGUGACUAGGGUGACGAGCCAGCAUCCGUUCAACCUUAGGACUGAGCAAAGAGGAAGGGUGAAGGAAGAGAAUUUUGUUCAGAGAUUGAGAAAGAAGCAGAUGGAGGAGGAAAGACUGCGCAACCCACUGGCUCAAGGUUUACCCUAUACCACUGAUGAACCAGAGACUCCGGUGAAACCUCCAAUGAAGGAACCCACUGAACCGAUCGAUCUCGUGCUGCACAGUGACGUGCGCGCAGUCGGUCGCUCCAAGUUUGAUCACCAAGUAAGUUGUCCAUUGCGAUGCUCGCUCGCCGUCGAAGAGUUCCUGAGGGCCAUGCACCGGCUAUCUUCCAUCCUGCAGGUCGCCGAGCGAAACAGCUUCAUGGAGGAAGUGAAAUUGGAGAGGGAAAGACAGCAAAGGGUGGAUGAGGAGUUCGAGAUCAAGCAGCUGAGGAAGGAGCAGGUGCCGAGAGCACAUCCGAUGCCAGAUUUUACCAGGCCAUUUGUGCCAAAAAGGUCAGUGAAGCCUAAGACGAUUCCCAGGGAGCCAAGAUUUCAACCCAGAUUGAUGAGGCACAUCUCAAAGGCAUAAUCAGCUUCAAAAGUAGUCGUCAUCGUCACCACCAUUGUGGCGAUUCUUGCUGUUUAGCAAAUUUUAGUAGCUGCUAGCAUCUAUAAUUUUGAAACAAAAAAAGGGAAAAUACCCUGCAUCAAACAUGAUGAUUGGUGUAAUCCGUUGAAUGCUUGUAGAGUUCUUUUAUGUUUGAUUAUAUUUUGACAGUACAUGUAAUUGGGUUAAUUCUUUUGU